GUAAAAAUAGGAAGUACAUUAAACAUAUGCGCACUAUGUAUAAAUAGAGGCAAAUAAAUUUAAAAAUUUAAUUCUAAAGAAGCUUCAACCGAAGAAUUUAAUCAGAAGACAUGAAUUAUUUUAUAUUGCUGUUUGUUGCAACUUUCUUACUUUUGGAUGUAAAUUGCAAGAAAGACGGAUAUCCAGUGGAUGCAAAUAAUUGCAAAUUUGAAUGUUGGGGAAACGAAUACUGCGAUAAACUCUGCAAAGGCAAGAGAGCUGAAAGUGGAUAUUGUUGGAAAUGGAAACUGUCGUGUUGGUGUGAAGGUCUUCCCGAUGAUGAACCUAUUAAAACAUCCGAUAGAUGUUACGGUACAGGAAAAUAAAUCCAACUUUUGAAAAACUAUAAUGAUCUGCUUUUCCUAAUAUUA